UUUUUUCACUUUCAACUUGUGGGCUAUAAUGCAAGUCAACUUUUACUUCCUUGUGCGCUCAGAUAGAGGAACUGACCGUUUAGCGCCCGGGCCUUCUGCAACAUCCUCUCUGCUCUGCCCUGUCCGGCUUUAACUCGCUAUUUUCAAGUUAUGGGAGGACAACAACAACUUUAGAAGCCGAGGGAGUCCAAGCGUAGGAUUUGGGCAGUAGCAGCAGACAUGGCUUCCUGGGGACUGCAGGGGGAAAUGACGGAGUUUAAGAAGAGUCAGAUAAAGCGGGACCUGGAGAUGGGCGUGGUCAUGACGGUGUUUCGACAGAAGGCGGAGCGGCUCACAGUGCAGGUCAUCAUGGAGACGCAACAGGUGGCAUGGACACGCACCGCUGACCGGAACGAGGGAGUCUUGGACCUUUAUGAGAUCAGAGAGGUCCGUCCUGGAAGGAACUCUAAAGACUUUGAGCGUUUCAAAGACGGCAAAGACAAACACGAGGAAAACAGCUGCUUCACCAUCUUCUAUGGCUCACAGUUUGUCCUCAACACUCUCAGCCUUGGAGCGGAUUCUACUGACGAUGCUCAGAAGUGGCUAAUAGGCUUAGGCCUGUUGAUGCAGGAAACAAUGAUGGCACCCACACCUGUUCUUAUUGAGAGUUGGCUGAGGAAGCAGAUGUACUCUGUCAACCAGACCAAAACAAACAGCAUCAGUUUAAAGGAGUUAAAAGCAUUGCUUCCUCUGCUCAACUAUAAAGCGCCCAGCUCACGCACUCUCAAGGACAAAUUUCAGGAAGUGGGUGCAAAGAAAGACCGACUGGACUUUGAACAGUUUCAUAAACUGUACAAUCUCAUAAUGUUUGAACAGAAUGAGAUCCUGGAUGAAUUCAAAACAGAAUCGUGUAAAUUCAUGUUGGGUAACACAGAUAAACCCGAUGCCUCUGUUGUUCUGCUGCAUGACUUUCAGCGGUUUCUCCUCUUCAACCAAAAAGAAACAUGGGCCCAGGAUCUGAACCGGGUCAGAGAGUUGAUGACAACAUUCAUCGAUGACACAAUGAGGAAAACCAAUGACCCCGAGUUCACCGUGAGCGAGUUUCUGAGUUUCCUGUUUUCAAAAGAAAACUCAAUUUGGGAUGAGAAAUACUCUGAGAUUUGCCACUUGGACAUGAAUAACCCCCUGUCUCAUUACUGGAUCAGCUCAUCACACAACACUUAUCUGACCGGCGAUCAGCUUAGAAGUGAGUCUUCCACUGAGGCCUAUGUUCGAUGCUUGCGGUGGGGAUGCCGCUGUGUGGAAUUGGACUGCUGGGAGGGGCCCGGGGAGCCCAUCAUUUACCACGGCUGGACCAGGACCACCAAGAUCAAAUUUGAGGAUGUAGUGAAAGCCAUCAACGAGCAUGCUUUUGUCACAACAGACUUCCCCCUGAUCCUGUCCAUAGAAGAGCACUGUCCCAUAGAGCAGCAGCGUCAAAUGGCCCGUAUUUUCAGAGAUGUUUUUGGGGACAAGCUGCUGACUGACCCCGUGGAGCAAAACGCUGAACAACUCCCAUCUCCUACACAACUCAAGGGGAGGAUCAUUCUCAAGCACAAGAAACUAAAUGUGGAAGGAGGAGGUGUGUUUAAAGAUGUCAGGAAAGGAGAGAAGUGUGGAGACCUGGAAAUCUGGGAUCCUGUAGACCAGAGAUGGAACAAGCACUACUGUGUGAUCUCUGAUGACAAGCUCUACUAUGCUGAGGAGGAGGAGGAGGAGAAUGAAGACCCCAGAAAGUACCAGGAUCUGCACACCUUUGAGCCCUGGUUCCACAGCGGUCUGAGGGAUCGGAGGGGUAUGGCAGAGCGCCUCAUUCAGGAUUACUGCGCUGAAACUGGGGCUCGAGAUGGGACAUUCUUAGUGCGAGACAGCAACAACUUCAUGGCAGACUACAGUCUCUCUUUCUGGCGUGGUGGGAGGGUCCAGCAUUGCCGUAUCCGCUCUGGUAACGAAGAGGGCUUCAUGUACUACUAUCUGACCCCCAACCUACACUUCCCUAGUGUGUAUGCCCUGAUCCAGCACUACAGAGAAAACCCACUGCGCUGCCAGGAUUUUGAGCUCCGGCUCACAGAUGCUGUGCCACAACCCAACCCACAUGAACAGCAAAGGUGGUUCUACAGUAACCUGAGCAGAGGAGAGGCAGAGGAUUACCUGAUGAGGAUUCCCAGAGAUGGGGCUUUUCUCAUCCGUCAACGAGAGGGAGAUUCAGACUCCUUCGCCAUCACGUUUAGGGGUGAUGGUAAAGUCAAACACUGUCGAAUCCAAAGAGAAGGCAACAUGUUUCUACUGGGAACUACCACAGAGUUUGAGAGUCUGGUGGAGCUGGUCAACUACUUUAGAAAGAAGCCUCUGUAUCGAAAGAUUAAACUGCGUUACCCUGUCACCCCUGAGCUGGUGGCACGCUUCAGCACCGAGAAAGACUGUGCUUCUCUUUAUGACGUCAAGACAUAUGUUGAACCAAAUGAGAUUGAACAGUCAAUGCCUCAGAGCACAGUUAGAGCUCUGUAUAGUUACCAGAGCAGGAAACCAGAUGAGCUCAGCUUCAAUAAAGGAGCCCUAAUACACAACGUGAUCAAGGAGAAUGACGGAUGGUGGAUAGGUGACCAUGGAGGAAAGGUACAGCUCUACUUUCCAUCCAACUACGUAGAGGAGGUAUCGAACAGCUCCAAAGCAGAAUUGAAGAUAUUGGACAAUGAAGACAAUCCCCUGGGGGGAUUGUGCAAAGGGGUUGUUGAAAUCUCCAAGUGCAAUAUACAAAAAUUGAAAAGUGGUAAAAAUGGGAAGGCUCAUGUGCUGACGCUCCAGGAUAAGGACCAGGACAACUUGCAGUUUGACCUUUCAACUGAUUCAGUGGAGGAGCUGUUUGAGUGGUACCAAGUGACCUGGGAUAUCACACAGAGAGAGAUGAGCAAGCAGUACCACAGGCAGCAAGAGAUAAAACAGCAGGAAGUGGUGGAAAAGAAGGCAGAGGUCGCCAUGGAGAUGUCAGACCUGGUGGUGUACUGUCAACCUCGCAGCAAAGAGAAGGACAGAUUUGAUCUGCACAGCUACAAAGAGGUCCGUUCCUUCGUUGAGAACAAAAUUCCAGGAAAAAGUCGAACCAAGCACUUCCUUCAGUACAACCGCAAAGCUCUUAGCAGAAUCUACCCAAAAAGCCAGCGGGUGGAGUCAUCCAACUAUGACCCUUACCCUCUGUGGGCUGUAGGCUGUCACAUGGUGGCCCUCAACUACCAGACUGCAGAUAAAUAUACCCAGUUGAACAGUGCCCUCUUUAGUUUGAAUGGACAGACUGGCUAUGUGCUGCAGCCGGAAAUAAUGCGCUGUGACAACUAUGACCCGCACCAGGAGAAGAGCAAAGUCAAAUACUACAUUAGUGUCAGGGUGAUAGCAGCUAGACACCUGCCAAAGUCUGGACGCAGCAUUGCCAGUCCUUUUGUAGAGAUUGAGCUGUGUGGCUACAAUGAGGAUCGAUUCAAGACGGCUGUUUACCGUGACAACGGUCUAAACCCAGUGUGGAGAACACCUGGAGAGUCUGCAGUGUUUUCAGUGUACGAACCAGAGCUGACUUUUCUGCGCUUUGUGGUCAAUGAGGAGGACAUGUUCUCAGACCCUAACUUCCUGGCACAGGCCACUUUUCCUGUCAAAGGCAUUCGCACCGGUUACCGCUCUGUCCCUUUGAAGAACGGUUUUAGUGAGAAUGUGGAGUUGGCCUCUCUCUUGGUCCACAUUGAGAUUGAACAGGCAACAAACCACCAGGAGGAGCUGUACUCUUCCUCCAGUCAGCUGAAGAAGAAACAGGCAGAGUUCAGUGAACCAUUUCUAUAUGACACACACUCAAACCUACAGCGCUCACCUGCACCGCUCACUCACCAACUCAGCCGAGAGCCCAGCGAGAAGACACGAAGGACCAAGGAAAAGAAAGUCAACAACAGUAAGUUUUAUUCUUGAGAUCUUCAGUCAGCUGCUCCCAAAGCAGAGCUGCAUCAUCAAGGCAACUACUAUACAACUACACAAAAACCCAUGUGUGAAACAUGUUUGAAAAACUGAAACGUAGGCUUGUAGUAAAUUGUAAAUAUUUUAGAUACUAUAUAAAAAUAUUGUGUUUGAAUAUAAAAUAAAGCUAAAAAUAUAUUAU